CGACGAUGGGGUGAAGCAGAACCGGAUAAGUUCACCUCACCUCUGCUCUUCAGCUUGUUUCCGCCUCACUUCUUUCCUCUUCACUUCUUCCUCAUCUCGGACCUGACUCUUCCUGUAUCUGAGUUAUCGAAUCCUCUUAACAAUCCCGAAUACCACUAGCUACUACUGACAUCGAACAUCCUCGACCGAGCAUAUCCGCAAUCAUGACUACCAACAACGUCUCCGAGCCCGAGUUCGAGCAGGCCUACAAAGAGCUGGCCUCCACACUUGAGAACAGCUCCCUCUUCGAGAAACACCCUGAAUACAAGACCGCUCUCAAGGUCGCAGCUAUUCCAGAGCGUGUUAUCCAAUUCAGAGUUGUUUGGGAAGACGACAAGGGCGAAUGCCAGGUCAACCGCGGUUUCCGUGUGCAAUACAACUCUGCUUUGGGUCCAUACAAGGGCGGUCUCAGAUUUCACCCAUCCGUCAACCUUUCAAUCUUGAAGUUCUUGGGCUUUGAGCAGAUCUUUAAGAAUGCUCUUACAGGGUUGUCAAUGGGAGGUGGCAAGGGUGGCGCUGACUUCGACCCCAAGGGCAAGUCAGACAACGAGAUUCGCAAGUUCUGCGUCUCUUUUAUGCGCGAGUUGAGCAAGCACAUUGGUGCGGACACAGAUGUUCCAGCUGGUGAUAUUGGUGUUUCUCCACGAGAAAUUGGUUGGAUGUUUGGCACAUACCGCGCUGAGCGCAACCGAUGGGAAGGUGUCUUGACCGGCAAGGGUGGCAGCUGGGGUGGAUCUCUCAUCCGUCCUGAGGCUACUGGUUACGGUCUUGUCUACUACGUCCAGCACAUGAUCCAAUACGCCUCUGGAGGCAAGGAGUCCUUCCAAGGCAAGCGCGUUGCGAUUUCUGGCUCUGGCAACGUCGCUCAAUACGCUGCUCUCAAGGCCAUCGAGCUCGGUGCUACUAUCGUCUCCCUCUCAGACAGCAAGGGCGCCAUCAUCGCAACCGAAGGCGAGGGCAUCACUCCCGAAGUCGUCAACUAUAUCGCUGACCUCAAAGUCAAGCGCAAGUCUCUCACCGCGCUGUCCGAGAGCACAGAGUACAAGGACAAGUACAAGUACAUCGAGGGUGCACGUCCAUGGGUCCACGUUGGAAAAGUCGACGUUGCCUUGCCAUGUGCUACACAGAACGAGAUCUCGGGCGAGGAGGCUGAGGCACUUGUCGCUGCUGGUUGCAAGUUCACAGCCGAGGGAUCGAACAUGGGUUCUACUCAAGAAGCCAUUGACGUGUUCGAAGCUUCGCGAAAAGAGAAGAAGACCGAGGGUAUCUGGUACGGACCUGGAAAGGCUGCCAAUGCUGGUGGUGUUGCCGUUUCUGGACUUGAGAUGGCGCAGAACUCUGCAAGACUGAGCUGGACGUCUGAGGAGGUGGACCAGAAGCUCAAGGGUAUCAUGCAAGCUGCUUUCAAGAACUGCCUGGAGACUGCGAAGGAGUAUGUUCCAGCUGGUGAUGGCGAGCUUCCAUCAUUGGUUGCUGGCGCCAAUAUUGCUGGUUUCAGCAAGGUUGCUGCUGCUAUGCGUGACCAGGGCGAUUGGUGGGCAUACUAGAUUCUUUUCUUUCACCGGAGUGUUGAGGAUUGGAAAUGAAUGGAUGAUACCACGGAUACAGAGCGAUGCAGAUAUGUAAAUAGGAUACAGCGACAGGCGUUCUGGAAAGAGGGUGAUGCUCAAUAGAAUUCUUCAAAACGA